AUGAUUUUACCGUCAAAUUUGACAACUAUCUAGAACAAAACAUUUAAUAACCUUAUAAUACAGCAAAUUAAACAAAAUGAGCGUUAUAAAACAAGAGGAACACAAUUUCACAACCCCAACGAAACAAAUCAAAACCAUAAGUGAUAUGCAAACCUGGGACAAAUCAGAAGCGUAUUUUGAGUUGCUUGGUUUUAUAGUAACCAUUAACAAAUCCUGUGAAGGUCUCAGCAAUGAAGAGGGAAGUAAAAAUGCUUCACCUGCCAUAAUAAAGUGUGCAGAGAUGAUUGAUUACUUAGAUAACAUGGUUGAUGAAAUACCACCAAUUGAUCAACCACAGAGAUUUGGAAAUCAAGCCUUCAGAACUUGGUACCAAAAACUAAAAGAUGAUAUUUUUGACAUACUACAAACACUGCUCCCAGAAAAGUUGUACAGAGCAGUACCUGAAAUUAUGGAAUACCUCACUGAAGCAUUUGGCAAUUCGACUAGGAUAGAUUAUGGAACUGGUCAUGAAAUAUCAUUCAUAAUGUUCCUCUGUUGCCUUUUCAAAAUUGGGUUCUUGGAGGAAGCAGAUCAACCAGCCACAGCAUGUCUUGUUUUUGUAAAGUACUUAAACCUUGUCAGAAAACUGCAGCAAACCUACAGAAUGGAACCAGCAGGAAGCCAUGGUGUUUGGAGCUUGGAUGAUUAUCAAUUUGUGCCCUUUAUAUGGGGCAGCUCACAACUUUCUGGAAAAGUUGUGGUAGACCCUUCUCAAUUUUAUAAGGACUCUAUUGUCCAAAAAUACUCUGAUCAAUACAUGUUUAUUAGCUGUAUUAAAUACAUUAAUGAAGUGAAAAAAGGGCCUUUUGCAGAACAUUCUAAUCAACUGUGGAGCAUUAGUGGUGUCCCCACAUGGACUAAAAUUAAUUCAGGCCUAAUUAAAAUGUACAAAGUUGAGGUUCUUUCCAAAUUUCCCUUGGUGCAACACAUCGUCUUCGGAUCACUGUUCACUCUUAAGCCAGCACCAUUUGAAGCCAGCAUCAGAAGACCCCCAGUAACCGAUUUCAAGCGCCCACCUCCUCCUGCUUCCGGUCCCGCCGCCAAUGCCACCACUAAAGGGAAUAGUGGCGAAAAAUCUGAGCCUUAAAUUAUCUUUUGGUUUAAGGUCAUACUUUAUUAUUGUAUUUAUUUGUUAUAAUAAAUGUUAAUUAACAAAU